UGAGUCACCACUCCCGCGCCCGCGCCGCGACGCCGAGAAGCAAAAAAUUGUGUCACAGACGAUCCAUUUCACGAUUCCGAGGUGUUAGCGCCUAUUCUCUCCGGCCCGCUUAUCGGUGAUAAACGGGUAAUAGCGCAGCAUACUCAAGACCUAUAUGACCGUUCGGGCGGGUGCCAUGGGCUCCCAGCGGGCGCACCUCCGGCUUCUAUCUUAUCUCCCCACUUGAAAGUCGAGGAAUCCUUCGUAAUUCGUAGCGCCGCCGAUCUCGUUGUGCGUUGACCGCCAUUGUGUCCCGCGCCACGGAUCCGAACCCGCGUGUUUCCGCUUCCGCCCUCCUGAAACCCCGCGUCGACCCUCCUCCAAUCACGCGCCGAACCCUGUGCAAUCGGGUACAAUCGCGUGCGAAACCCUGUGCAAUCACGUGCAAUCCCAGUGCAAGUCUCGAGUUCGUGCGGACGGUGAGGUGGAAUCUGAUUUUAAAACGCGUGUGUGUGUGAAAAAACGGGGGUUUUAUGAUCUGAAUGGAUGGUGUUGAAGCGAGGGUGAGGGGCGUUUUGCUCCUGAUAGUGCGGGAUUGAAAUGUGUUUAAAUCGUUUGAUAAUUACGGUUUGAUGAUACGUGUGUUCGAUGAGUGGGCAAAUUAAUUGAGACAGAAAAUGGGAAGCCGAUGAAAUUGCCGGUUUGAUAUUCUCAACUCGAGUUCCUUCAAUUUUUCUUAAAAGUUCGUUCUUAUCACAAGAAACGAUAAUAUCGAGGUACCUAGGUCUUAUCUGAACGCCAUCGAAACAUUUCCGCGGUGAACAUUAAUUACAAGUGCACGUGACGAUAAUCCCAGUGCACUUGCGUCGCACAGUUCGCUACAGACCGGCGACUGCAAAGUUACAGCCACUCCAUCGCGGCGUUGCCUUCCUUCCUCCAGAGCCACAAAAACCGUUUCGGAUGUGAUUACGUCACGUAAUUCUACGUCACGGUGAUUCAUAUUCAUCGCCGGCCGGCACUCCCGCACUGAAUGUCUCCAUGACGCCCGAGAUGCGGGUUCUCCUGGCGCACCUGACGCUGCUCUGCGUGCUGCCGGUCAAGUGGAUCGAAGGCGCGACAUCCGCGGCGCAUCCGACCGAGUGCAACGUCUGCGACUGCCGCGAGGGCAUUCUCGACUGCUCCGUGACGUCAUCCGACACAUUUAAUAUCGUUCUCCGGCUACCUUUGAGGAACUACACGGAGGCCAACUUCAUGCUCAACCACAUAGAGAAAGUAGAGACGGACUUUCCGCUGGCCUACUGGAGGACGCUGCGACUGAACGAGAACAGGAUCGCCGAAAUUAAAGUCGGCGCGUUCGCCAACCUGCCACUCCUGGAGGUGCUCGACUUGAGUCAUAACCUCUUGACUUCCGAUAAGCUGAAGCCGCAUGUCUUUAAGGGCAUGUACAUGGCCAACGAGUAUCAACCGAUGCACAAUUUAAGGGUCCUGCGACUCGGGCACAACGAUUUACACACAUUGCAUCCUGAUGUUUUCGAACAUCUCCCCAAUUUAGAAUCUUUGAUUCUCGAAUCUAAUCCUUUGAAGCAUAUUGACAAACCUACAAUCAUCGCUUUUUCCUCCAUUUUUUCAUUGCACACUCUGGACCUGUCCAAUACGGGGAUCAGCGAGAUUCCAGAACGCAUGCUACACACACCACGCAAUCUGUCGACGAUCAACCUUUCGCGGAACAAUUUCACAUCCGUGCCCGAAGGAUUAGGUGACUCACAUGCCUUAAAACAUCUCAUUCUUGACAGCAAUCCAAUUGAGGUUGUCAGGAGCUUCCCAGCCUUACCAAAGUUGGAAGUUCUCCACAUCAGCUGGAUGCCCUUGCUCAAGAAAAUCGAGAAAGGGGGCUUAAAUGGAUUACCUGCUCUACAGGAACUUCACUGUUCCCACAAUGACAGAUUGGUGGAGAUAGAUAAGGCCGCGCUGAGUACACCUACUAUUGGAGAGGAACAAAGCGAAACAUGGCCUCCUUUGAAGAAGCUCAUUCUGGAUAACAAUAGAUUGAGAUACCUGGAUCAGGAAUUCCUCGACCAGUGGGACAAACUGGAUGUGAUAGAUCUACGAGGGAAUGACUGGAGCUGCGAUUGUGAGAAUCAGUGGAUCGUAACCAGUCUGAUUCCGAUCAUGCGUAAAGCCAAUCUCGAUACUGCCAUGGAUAUAAUAUGCCAAGAACCAGUGGAGAUGUUGGGACAGAACAUGCGGGAGCUUUCGUCUCUGGACUACCACAUGCGAUGCCUGGACUACUACAACCACCAACCGGAGAAGGAUGCCACUCUCCUCGUCUGGAUCGUGAUCUUGGUCGUGGCUCUCAUCCCGGUUGCCAUGGGGCUCGUCCUUUACUACCGUCGCAACUUCGCCACCCGCAACAUCCGCUACAUCCGAACUUACUACAAACCCACCGAGCAACACCUCUUCACGUGAUCAUAUUAAUCAAAGGCUCCGACAGUGGGUCACUAAAUCUUUUUAUUUAACGUCACUUACCUUCAGCCAAAUGUAC